AUGCUUUCUGCAGUCGCACCUUCAAUGCUCGAAGAUGGCACUUCUCUAAGUGCACUAGAGCCGAAAACGUUCUUGAGAAUGGACGAGGGGCCCUCAGGUUUAUCUUUUCCUUCUCUAGAACCAAAUUUGUCUAGUGAGACAUUCAGCGUCCCGCAGCCCGGGACCUUUGCUUCACAAGCCAAUAAUGGCCAACAGCAGUCUCACCGUGUGGAGAAUCAGCAGCAGCUUGUGCAGUUUCACUCCGAUGAGCAAAUGAAGGGACAAGGAGGAAACUCUGGAUAUCCGAUUUAUAUUCCUAAGAUGACUCCUGAGAAGGACAUCACCACGCACCCCUUCUAUAGAUUACCUAGGGUCGUCCCAGGAGCAUUUGUAAGGGGUUUUAGGGAGGCGAGAUUGGACAGAAUGGCCGCUAGGCGUUUCAAUUCCCUUAACUCUAUGGUGCUUGUAAAGGAAUGCCUGAAAAUGCCCGUGAUCGACUGGCAGCAUUUGGACAUCCUCAUGACGCAGGUUGAGUUUCUCGCGGGUUUUGCAAUAGUCCAAAUGAGGGGAGAUAUUGACAAGAAGAAGCCGAAGGUCGCUGUCGAGAGGCUAGCAUUUGCUCUGAUCCUCGUAGAUUCUUUGUAUGCGGCGACUGAGGUCUGGGGACCGCAGUCGAAGCGCGACGAGUGGUGGGGGAGUGUCGUUAGUGCGAUACCAGUGUACCCAGGACCCACAAAAGUUGCUGCUUCACGCCCAACAGCUGAACAGAACAUCCUCUUGGCCCAGUCAUUACAGAGUGCUUUGGAUACAUAUAGGUCGGGCAAGCGUCCCACAGCCGAAGUGUUGGUUUCAUUAAAGCAAAAGAUCUUCUGUACGAGACAAAUUCCUAGGUUUCAAAGAGGACAGUGGUUGAAAUGGAGGACGGAUGAUCUUGAAUGGCGGGGCUCAUUAUGA